AUGGGUGCAGCGCUGUGUUCGUGCGGUGGCCCAGAAGAUCAAGGUCUCAAUGGCCUCGGCUACGACCAUUUAGGUCAUCCUAAAAAUGGUCGUAUGGCUGCCGCUGCGGGCAAAUAUGGCGCUAAUCCACCCACGUAUCAGCAUUUACAGCACAGUUCUCUACUUUUAAGUCGUGGCGAGACAUACGCACUGUCAGAUGAUGCGCACGAUGAGGGAGGUGGUGACACGUACGGUUGUCGAUAUGGAAGUGCACAAGAUUAUGCGAACGCUCUUCGCGCGAAAUUGCAAGAGCCGCCACUCAGUCCUCGUAGCAAAUUUCACUUACUGACCACCCGCUUGGCAGUGGGCAGCAGCACUGAGAGCAGUGGAGACUCAAUCAGUGAUGAAGAUGCAGUAAAAAGACGAAAUAAACGCGCUUGGAACUCUUAUUUGUUUCCAGAACAAGGCGAGGACGAUGACGUUGAGUCCGUAACUGAAGAAGACUGGAAAGAACGCGCCAAUCCACUUAUCACCAUCAUCGUGCCGCCUGGGCCAUGUGGCCUUGUGCUGCAAGGAAAUAGCGACGACUCAAACAUUCCAAUUGUGGACGGAUUUGUCCGCAAAUAUGACGGUAGGAAGAGCACUAUCGAGAAUUCAGGCCUUAUCAAAAAAGGCAGUGUGUUGUGCGCUAUCAAUGACAUUGACGUGACGCGCAUGCCGUUAAAAGAAGUGAUUCGUACACUUAAUCUGUCAUCGCACCUUGAGCGCGCCUUUACAUUCCGAAACGGUUUCCAGCACCGGACCUUAAUGUGA